CAAACGAGACGCCGAGGGCCAAAUGUUAAAAAAGACGAUGGAGGGAAGAGAUAGGCGAAGCUGAAACCAUAAACCCAAAGCCAAAGCCGAAAUCCAAAUGCAAGUGCAAAACAAACUCAGCUGCGAGUGCUGAAGAACCACAAAAUAUAAAUAAAAAAAAAAUAAGGAGGAAGUGCAACCUGCGCCCAAGCCUAAUUAAAAAGUAUUUCACAGCGGCUGCAGAUUGCUCAUACGCCGUGUGGACCGCGAGUGCCUGAGUGUUCGUAUAUGUGAGCUUCUCGUGAAAUAAUAAGGUUGCAACUUGUGAAAGCAAGUAGAGGGAUAUCGAAAUCUUUGUUCAACCUGCUGGCGGGCCGUCCCAGAAUUAGUUUGGCAUGCGGCUGCUGUUGCCACAACUGUUGCAUGCAACAUGGAUGGCGAAAAUCGGAUUAUACUCAAUGUGGGCGGAAUAAGAUAUGAAACCUACAAGGCGACGCUCAAGAAAAUCCCCGCAACACGUCUCUCCCGACUGACCGAAGCCCUGGCCAACUACGAUCCGGUACUCAAUGAAUACUUCUUCGAUCGCCACCCCGGGGUCUUCACCCAAAUCCUCAACUAUUACAGAACUGGCAAACUGCAUUACCCAACUGACGUGUGUGGACCGCUUUUCGAGGAGGAGCUGGAAUUCUGGGGACUCGACUCUAACCAGGUAGAACCAUGCUGCUGGUCAACCUAUAGCAUACAUCGCGAUACGCAAAACACCUUAGCCAUAUUAGAUAAGCUAGAUAUUGAAAAUGAGAAGCCCACUGAGGAGCAGAUAGCUCGACUAUUUGGCUUUGAGGAGGCACUGAGCAACGGCGAGCUUAACUGCUGGCAGCGUCUUAAACCCAAGAUCUGGGCCAUGUUCGAUGAGCCCUCCAGCUCCACGGGUGCCAAGAUCGUUGCUGGCAUGUCGGUUUUCUUUAUAUUUGUUUCUGUGAUAUCAUUCUGCCUGAAGACCCACCCCGGCUUCCGCGUGGACCUGCCCUCUGCCGCCGACGACGCCCACGUCGGGGGCGGGGGUCCGCCCCACGGCCACGAUCCGAUGGGGGAACCGCCGCAGCAACACCAAUACCAUCAGCACAGCAUCACGCCGCCGAGCGGCAGCAUCGGACCCACCUUUCGUGUGACGAACUACACGAGCUACAGCAGCGGCAACUUCACCGCCCCCGGCCAGGGCACGCCCAUUGCCACGAUUAAGGGCGGCCAGCGGCAGCGACUGAAACGGAAUAUCAACGGCAGCAUCCUGAACGAGUUCAUCGAGCAGAAGAUCCUCGGGCACAACGGGAGGCGGAAACACGGCUGGAUCGAGACCUACGGUCAGCCACAUGAGGCCUUCUUCUACGUGGAGCUGGUGUGCAACGUCUGGUUCUUCAUCGAGGUGCUCAUCAGACUGAUUGUCUCACCAAAUCUGUGGCAGUUUAUCAAGUCGCCGGUCAACAUCAUUGACUUUACGGCCACUUUGAGCUUCUAUACGGACGUGAUGCAGCGCAUGGGCGAAUAUACGGGUCUCCUGGAGGCCUUUUCCAUCGUGAGGAUAAUGCGGCUGUUCAAGCUGACCCGUCACUCGCCUGGGCUGAGAAUCCUUAUCCACACAUUCAAGGCCUCUGCCAAGGAGCUGACUCUGCUGGUUUUCUUCCUCGUCCUGGGCAUUGUCUUCUUCGCCAGUUUGGCCUACUAUGCGGAAAAGUUGCAGGACAAUCCGGACAACCAGUUCAAGAGCAUCCCUUUGGGGCUGUGGUGGGCGAUUGUGACCAUGACCACCGUGGGAUACGGGGACGUGGCUCCGAAGACCUAUCCGGGGAUGUUCGUGGGUGCGCUGUGUGCAUUGGCCGGAGUGCUGACCAUCGCCCUGCCAGUGCCAGUCAUCGUCAGCAACUUCUCCAUGUUCUACUCCCACACUCAGGCUCGCUCCAAGUUGCCCAAGAAGCGACGACGUGUCCUGCCAGUCGAGCAGCCGCGUCGCAAGAGGGAGCCAACUGCUCCGCAUCGCGGGAGGACGAAUGCCAUUAAACAAACGCCAGCCACUGGACCAGGAUUACUGGCCGGUGGCGUUGGUCCUGUGGGAGGGGGCGGGGCAGGACUCGGUGGCCAUGCUGUGGGCCACCCCGCUGCCGGGACGCCCAUGUUCAAGGAUGCAUUCGGCGGUGCCAAAAUCGGCACCGUGAACGUGAACGGCGUCAAUGUCAUUGGCCUGCAUCCUGCGCAAAGGACGACGACGACGACGCCAACGAUGUCGACGACUAUAAUGGCAGAUCCGACGCCGAUGUCGGCAAUGACCUACCAAGUGCCUAUGCUUCAGCCGCCCCCGCUGCCCGCCCACAGUCACGGCCACGCCCAUGGCCAUGUCCAUGCCCACGCUACGGCGGCGAUGACGUCAUCGGCGGCAUCGCUCACUGGCUCAGCUGCUUCGGCUGCCGUUGCCACAGCCGCCGCCGCCGCCCCCGCCGGUCCCUCCUUCAUCAGUUCGGACUACUUGAGUGUGCCGGCGGUGCAGAGCCUUCAGCCGCGGGCGGCGACGACUGGCCACGACUUCAUGCUGCCGCUCCAGCCGAAACUUCUCGGCCCCCUCGAACGCAAGGAUCAGCAUCCCCUACAGUUGACCGCCCACAAUUUGGCCUCCGAUACGCACCAGUUGAUGUACUCGGGCCACGCCCAUCCCGCCCACAAGACAGGAGGCGGUGGAGCGGCGGUACUGAACGUACCGCCCACACUGAGCAUGUCGCAUACGCAAAUGCCACCGGGAAUGGCCAGCAUGGGUCAACGGACUCCGAAUCUGAGUUUCCGGGCCGCUCACGGAACUUCCUCCCAGGUGGCCAACAUCCAGCAACCGAUUCCACACGCCCACGCCUGCCACGCCUCCACGAAUUGCAACAUCAAGAUUUCGGUGGCCUCCGCCGGCGUUCCGAUGGGCUGCCAGGAUGAAUUCCGGGCUCCCAAGGUGACGCUGCUCGAUGAUCUCAGCGAUGAGGUGAACUCCUCGACGGACGAGUGCGGGGAUUGCUGCCUGGUGGAGGACAGUGAUACCUACGAAGGUGGGACCAUUAACAAUGGCCAGAGCAACCAGGAGAACGGAGCGGAUGUUAUCCGAUUGGACGAUGGCCUUAUGGAUAACGAGGACGAGGAGGAGGAUGAGGAGGAGGACGACGAAGGAGAUGGUAGUUGUGUGGGCGGGGAUAGUAACGAUAGCAUUGGGGGAAUCUACAUUGGUCCUCGGCACUGAUUGCCCGACAUUAACUGGGAUUUCCCUCACUAAAGCGGAUUUACCAACUUCUGACAGUAAACUGCCUAAAACUGCUCUAAACUGUAAAUCGCUGAAUCGUUGAAUCGGUGGCAAGAACUAAAGUGUAAAUGUUAUGUGAAUGAAUUGUAAAAUGCUAUCUGCAACUCUAACUUUAAUGCUGAAUGGUACUUUUUCUGGUUAAAGUACCGCACAAAAUCUUAAGUAAGAACUGUUUCUCUUAGGAGCAACCAAAAUCAAGGUCAAUCAUACUCAAACGUUUUCUCAGUUCUCUUUCGAAUGGUCACGAUUUUGUUGAACUUUAACCCUUUACAUGGUGGUGAUGCAUAUCUGCAUCAUACCGUUCAAAUUCAUUUAUUUUUCAACGGGCGUUGCAAAACUUUCUGAAAUCUUUUUGAUGCAGUUCAGAAACUUUCGUUUUUUAUAUAACAAGUGUUAGUCACUCAGAAUUCUGUCCAAUACUCAACAGAUAAUUACUUUUCCCGCCAAUUUGGUGAAUGUGGAAAUCUGAACUGGUUGUGCAGUUUCUCAUCCAAAUUUAAAUAUCAAAAAAAAAAAAUGUAUAGUUAAUUUAAUUUAUAUUUAUAAACAGGUAAAAAUUAUAUUUAGUUAUAUAUUGUCGAGUUUUUGUGUUUGUUGCAUUAUAAUACGAAUAAAUCAACAAUUUUGCCUUGUUGCAGAUAUGCAUUAAAGUAGCUUUACACAUAGAAAAAAUAAGGUAAAACCAAAAAAAUUAAAAAAAUAAAAAAAGUGUAUUUUUUAUUUUCACUUAUCUACCAAACAAAAAAAAAAUGAAGAAAAUCGGAGUUAUUGCCAUGUAAAGGGUUAAAGUAGGAGAUCUGUAUAAUUUUCCAAUAAUUUUAUACAGUUUAGCUUGCAGCCCACAUUAAAAAUGAAACCGAAUUGUUGUCGCAGUUCACCAAAGUCUGCAACAAUUCUUGGUUCUGAAUUUAAAUGUCCCAUUAACUAAAAUCUGCUGAGCAUGUAAAUAAAAUUUAAAAUUAAGCUUGUGUUGCUCAACAGCAUAUAAAUUGAAGUCAAAUCAAGUAGAAAGGCAGAGUUUUCAAAAUGUUCUCAAACAAAAGCUAUUUAAACUAACAUGGUCUUGAAUGUUUAACAAAAAACGAUGAUUUUAAUUAUUUUUAAAUCGUAAAGAAAAGAAAUAAAACAUUAGGGCUGCUAUAGCAAAAGUAUGUACUAAGUUAUAAUAAACCUCUAAUUCCUAUUCUUUUCCGCCAGUAAUCUUUCGAAAUUUAAAUCGGAAAAGCACUGCCACUGUUUUCGAUUAAUUUCAAGCUGGAACACUCCCCACUUCGCCAUCAUUUAUCAGCAGUUUUAAUCAAUCUUUGCUCUCGGCCCACGGCAUGCGGCAAGCAUUUCUUGUCUGGCCAAGACAAACAUCCGUAACAUUUGUAUCAGUGUCCUUAUAACUGUCAUGUUGACAACUGUCAUUGGCAGCGUGCAUGUACGAUUGUUUGUCUGUGUGGGUGUGUGGGUGGGCUAUCCUGCAGCCGGGGCACGUCCGGCCAGAGUCCUGCAGACAAAGCGAGAGCGAAAACGGAGAUGGAGAUGGAGAUGGACGGGGGUCAAGAGAGGAUCUGCCCGCAUAUAAGGCAAACAUAUCGUCCAUAUAAAUGUGACCACUUGUGUGCAGUCAGCCAACUUUGUAGCACCACCCAUCGGUUGAUAUUUUCCCAUUUUCCAUUUUCCAGCACGUCAAGGUGUUUAUUGUGCAAAUCUUGGGACAAAAAUUGCAUGGCCAACUAUAAAUUCCCACACUUGACUCUCACGCUCCGUUUCCCGGAUCAGACACUCUGAAUCAUGGCCAAAAGUGUCACUGGGCUUGUUUAUCUGACACAUUGACUGCCACCAUUUCAAUGAACUUGCGAGCAAAAACUGUGUCGACAAGUCGCACACAAAAGGCGACGACAGCCAAAAACUAAAACGGCCACGACACUCGUGUCCUAGAUGUCCUUUCCCAUUCCAUUCUAACCUAUCAUCUCACCCACUUUGCCCUCUUGAGUUCAGUUUGUGUGUGGUUGACCUUGUAAAUAGUCCUUUGGGGUCGCUGUCUUAAGUUUUCAUUCUUCGACAUUUAUUCCCAUAAAUGUUAAUUGAUUUAUUCGACGAAGUUCACAAAGAGCGGAGAGUAGAACGCAGGGAACUGUAAAUAUUUGAGUAUGGCGGUCAAGGACUAACCAAAACGAAAUGAAACUGAACACAAAAGAAGACAGUAGAAGACAUAUUUGACUUUAAAUAAGGUUCAAUGGUAAUUUUUGGUCCAAUAUUUAUAGUUUUUGAUGUGCUAACAGGAUUAACAAAAAACAUGAACAAUUUUGAUUCAGAUCCUUGUGUAAGAAAAGGAUUAAAAGCUUUGAACAAAAGCUUGUAAGAGAAUGUGGAAACUAUUUGAACCAUAGAUUUAAAUAGAUAUCAGCCCAAAAAGAAUGAGAAGGGGAAAUUAGUUCCAAUUAGUCAGUAUAAUCAAAUCCGUUGGUCUGAGUGUACGUCGUUCUAAAUUAAAUCUUUAUUACUUAGCUAAUCUAUGAUUAAAAUGUUAAAUAAUUGCCUAAUUGUUGUGUGAGGAUUUCGGCUUGCCGAUUGAAGCGUUUUUCUUGUUUAAAUAUAUAGAUUCUUUACUUUAAAAUGUAAAACGAAAACGUUGCUUUAAAUACUGUUCAA